UUCAGCCAGCCAAGUUCGACGCAGUCGCAAUGCGCCGCAAUCUCAACUGGGAGAUUCCCAAUCCCGGCCAUCCCAACCCAUCCCAUGCCAUCCCAUGCCAUCCCAUGCCAUGCCAUGCCAUGCCAUACCAUCUCAACCCACAUCCAGCCAAGUGGCCAGUGCUCUCCAUUCCAUUCCAUUCGCAGCUCAGCAUCUCGGCUCUCUCUCUUCGGCUGUGGGCCAUGUCCUUUUGGUCCUCGGAUGUGCUGCUGUUCGGAUGCAAGGAUGUUCGGAUGCGAGGAUGUUCGGAUAUUCGGAUGCGAGGAUGUUGAAGUGUUCGGGUUCCUUGGCUCUUCAGCAGUCGGAAUUGAAUGCUCUCAAGCGCGGCUCUCUCACCGAAUCUCGAAACACGAAAUCCACUCCUUGGCCCCGACGGGUUCUACAAUCCGGGUACGUCUGUUUAUGCCCGUUAUGUGGAGCAAAAGCAAAAGGGUAUAUUGUAUUCGUGCAAAGCCGUGUCUGUCUCUCUGUCUGUCUGCCUGUCUGCCCGUCUAUCUGGCCGGCGAGAUCUUGGCCAGCUUAAUGGACUGGGACUGGGACUGGGAAAGGGACAGGGGAACUGGGUCUGCAGUGCUCCAUGAUUGGCCACGCCCCCUCCCGCCGCCUAACUCAAUGGAGAUAUAUCCUUACGCCCAGCGAGUUGUGACCUGAUUUAUAUUAACUGGUUUUGAAAUGAAGUUAGGGUAAAUAAAAGCUUCAAAAUGAACAAAGGCUACAUUUAUAAUAGACAAAAUGGCUUUCUAGCAUGAAAGCUUGCAAUAUCGCAGGCAUAACGCAAUUAAAAAUAUUCGAAAAAUUUAAAGAAAUUUUAUAAAAAUCUAUCUAUACACUCGUAAAACUGUUUGAAGCUCAGAUGUGUGAUGUAUUGUAUUUAUUUUUUGUUUCUAACGUUUCAAUUUGAAUAAAGUGAAAUAUGUGCAGCUUACCUGUUUAUUUUCGAGUGAGUAACAGCAUUUGGUACUUUAAAAUAUAGCCAAGUUUAGUUUGUUGUUGGGCAGUAAAAGGGCAAAUUAAAAUACACACGUAUUCACAAGUUAUAGCCACUUAUUUGUGGCCGUAGAAGGAGUAUAGUUUCGUAGGAUUUCACAGGCACACACCUCCUUGGAAAAUGCGUUUGAUCAAAAUUUCAUAUUAGCCACUUAAUGAGGUGGUAAGUACAUGCUUUGUGUGCAAACGCUUUCUAAAAUAUUUACUGUGUAAUUAUGGAAAAUGAUAAAAAGGGGAAAUAUUUUUUAAGGGGGGGGAUGGGAAGUAAGUAAACUAUAAAAGUAAGAAAUGCCAAAAGAUAAACCUAGUGCCUUGGCAUUUGCCACAAAGUCAUGUUCUAUUCAUAUCCCUACAAAGCACUCCGAUUUCCCAUUCAGUGCGUUUGGCUGAAACUGAAUGGUUCUUGGCCACUAUCGGAAUCAUCGAGGCCAUGGAAGAGUGACUCCUUUUUGGCCACCGCCUACGUAAUGUGGGCGUGGUACGUCAUUGCAUCCGUUGGCAUAACAAUCAGUUACCAGACGGCAUUUCUGUUGAACAACCUAUCGGAUAUCAUCAUCACCACGGAAAACUGCUGCACCACCUUCAUGGGAGUCCUGAAUUUUGUGCGACUCCUUCAUCUGCGCCUCAAUCAGAGCAAAUUCCGCCAGCUCAUUGAGAACUUUUCCUACGAAAUUUGGAUACCCGACUCGUCAAAGAACAACGUUGCUGCGGAUUGUCGCAGGCGCAUGAUUACAUUCAGCAUAAUGACAUCCUUGCUGGCGUGCCUGAUUAUAAUGUAUUGUGUCCUGCCGCUGGUGGAGAUCUUCUUUGGACCCGCCAUCGAUGCGCAGAACAAGCCGUUCCCCUACAAGAUGAUCUUUCCGUACGAUGCCCAGAACAGCUGGAUCCGCUAUGUGCUGACCUAUAUCUUCACUUCGUAUGCGGGCAUUUGUGUGGUCACCACAUUGUUUGCGGAGGACACCAUCCUGGGCUUCUUCAUCACCUACACUUGUGGCCAGUUUCAGCUGCUACACCAACGAAUUGCAGCACUAUUUGCGGAUUCCAGUGCGGAAUUGGGCGAGAACAUACAGCUGGAGCGCAUCAAACGUAUUGUGGAGAAACACAACACUGUUAUCGAUUUCGCUAAGCGGCUGGAGGACUUUUUCAAUCCCAUUCUAUUGGCCAAUCUAAUGAUUUCAUCAGUGCUUAUUUGCAUGGUUGGAUUUCAGAUAAUUACUGGAAAAAAUAUGUUCAUUGGGGACUAUGUGAAGUUCAUAAUUUAUAUAUCCUCAGCCUUAUCGCAGUUAUACGUCCUUUGCGAGAAUGGAGACGAACUGAUAAAACAGUCCACUUUAACGGCGCAAAUUCUGUAUGAAUGCCAAUGGGAAGGAUCUAAUCGCAUGGAAUCUCAUUCCUUUACGCCAACGAACAAGCGAAUCCGAAAUCAUAUUUCGUUUAUGAUCCUCUGCAGCCAACGACCCGUAAGGAUCACGGCUUUCAAGUUCUCAACAUUGUCCUUGCAAAGCUUUACGGCCAUUCUAAGCACCUCGAUAAGUUACUUUACCUUACUGCGGUCCGUUUACUUCGACGACGAAAAUAAACAGGACUAAAUAUAUUUACGUACAUAUACUAGUAGGCAAAUAUUUAAGCAAUUUAUGUUCGCUAUCAGUAGUAGUAAUAGAUACAAUGCAACUGAAAUCAAUACAUUCACUAUGAACCGGCGAGUUGGAACAAAGUGGUUCCAUAUGAAUAAUAAAAAAAAUAAAAAGGCCAAAAAUC